AUUAUUUGUCUUAGAGGUUGUGGUAGUAGAACUCAGAUUUAUAGUGUAACAUUCAAUUCUGGAAGAGCAAAGUUAUUACCUUAAAUGACCCAAAGUCUUCCUUUGUCUUUGCACCUGUUUUAGUUACUUCUACAGUUAACUUGGCUGUAAAUGUGACUGUAUAUCGUUAGCAGUUACUGUAAUAGUAUAGUUUGGCAGGAAGUAGAUGUGAUAUUCUCUUUGACCUAAUGAUAUUUUGUGAGGAAAAGUAUUAGUGAUUCUAAUGAUGGAGUCAUUUCUCAUGGUAACUAAGGGUCAUCUUAAUAAGAGAGUUGGUGCAAAAAGAAAUGGUAGUUCUUAUAUUUAGCAUAUUAGUAGCAUUCUAUUUGGGAUUUUCCUCUUUUCUGGAUUUGUAAUUCCUUUGCCAUAUGUUGUAAAUACUGAGUUCCAAGUAAAUUUUUACUCAGCUGGAAUUUUAUUUUUUUGGAUGAAUGAUCUGCAGCAUGACUAAAGCCUAGGUUUUGUUUUUUUUCCCCCUUUAGCAGUUAGCCACUUCCAACAUUAUUUGUUUGAAAUAAGCCAUUCUUCCUAAUUUGAAAUACCAUAUUAUCUUCAUUAUACCUAAUUUCUUAGAUAUUUCUUAGAUAAGAUGAAGAUAAAUGCCUCGUUGGGUUUAUGGGAGUUUUAUAAUACACUUAAUAUUUUCAUAAAAAUCUUGAAAAACUUGCCCCUCUUCCCCUCAAAUAUCUUGGCAACUUUUGUGCAUUCUUCCAGAUAAAUCCCUUGGAAAUAGGAUUUAGAUUGGAUUUGUAUUAAACUUACAUAUUAAUUUGGAGAACAUUCAUGUUUGUGUAAUAUGGAGUUUUCUGGGUAGGAACUUUUUUUUUUUUUAAGUAAAAUUAUAUGCUCUUAUUCGUAAAGAUUCCUAGGAAAGAACCACUCUACAAAGAGAUAAAUUACAUACACUUCUCUUAUAGAAUUUAAUGGCAAAUUUGAAAAUAUAUAGCUUAUGUUUUGAAAAUAAACAAUUUGAAUCUAUUUACCAUAUCAUUUAAGUAAUUUAAAUUAAAUAUGAAGACUUUGUGAACAUAUUUUAAAUAUAUCCAGAGAAUGAGAACCUCUAUGUAAGAGAGCAGGUUUUUUUUUUUUUUUUUUUUUUUCCCCUGUAUUUUUUCUUAGAAAUUAUCAUUUGUUGCUACCAAACAAAUAGCUAGGAGAGCUGGCUUUGGUAAUUUAUCUAUUUUGAAAGAACUUUAAAAAUGGAUACUUAUGCACGUGUGUGUUAUUUUCUACAACAUGUAUAUUUUGUAUAGAAGGCAAAAGUUAAUUUGAAAUUACAACUGGUAAUUUUCUUCUGUUUUCCUAUUUUAAAUGUAGACUAAGAAUUUUCAUUUUUGUCAUGUUUCACUUUUAUGAUGUCUAAAGUUGAACUUCAAAUAAAUAUGAUUUCUAUUUAAGGCUGCCAUUUUAAAGAUUGUAUUCUAAAACUGUGCUGGCCUAGAUACUACAACUGAACUUUUUUUCUUUUUAGUUACUCCACAGGAUCCACUGAACAUAGGAUGUUGCCACAAAGUCUACCUCGUGUAUUUUUCUCUUUGACUCAUGAGCUGUGCAAUUGCAGAUUGAGCACAAUGUCUGCAGACUGUGUUGAAAAACCCUGAAGAACCUAAUUAACACAGGAUGACCUAGGAGUGAUUCUAAGUCUAUAACAAGAUACUACUCAUUAGUGAAUGUGUCAGUCUUAGUACUGAAUGCUGCAGAUAACAGCAAGUAGCUUCUCCUUUAUUUCUGAAGUAUUCACUUGACCUUCCAUCAGUAAGACGGACUUUUCUAAUCUGUUCUGGGAGAUAUUAAUGGAAUAUAGUCAUGUCCACUCAAGACGAGAGGCAGAUUAAUACUGAAUAUGCUGUGUCCUUGUUGGAACAGUUGAAACUGUUUUAUGAACAGCAGUUGUUUACUGACAUAGUGUUAAUUGUUGAGGGCACUGAAUUCCCUUGUCAUAAGAUGGUUCUUGCAACAUGUAGCUCGUAUUUCAGGGCCAUGUUUAUGAGUGGACUAAGUGAAAGCAAACAAACUCAUGUACACCUGAGGAAUGUGGAUGCUGCCACCUUACAGAUAAUAAUAACUUAUGCAUACACGGGUAACUUGGCAAUGAAUGACAGCACUGUAGAACAGCUUUAUGAAACAGCUUGCUUCCUACAGGUAGAAGAUGUGUUACAACGUUGUCGAGAAUAUUUAAUUAAAAAAAUAAAUGCAGAGAAUUGUGUGCGAUUGUUGAGUUUUGCCGAUCUCUUCAGUUGUGAGGAAUUAAAACAGAGUGCUAAAAGAAUGGUUGAACACAAGUUCACUGCUGUGUAUCAUCAGGAAGCAUUCAUGCAGCUGUCACACGAUCUACUAAUAGACAUUCUCAGUAGUGACAAUUUAAAUGUAGAAAAGGAAGAAACCGUUCGAGAAGCUGCUAUGCUGUGGCUAGAGUAUAACACAGAAUCACGAUCCCAGUACUUGUCUUCUGUUCUUAGCCAAAUCAGAAUUGAUGCACUUUCAGAAGUAACACAGAGAGCUUGGUUUCAAGGUCUGCCACCCAAUGAUAAGUCAGUGGUGGUACAAGGUCUGUAUAAGUCCAUGCCCAAGUUUUUCAAACCAAGACUUGGGAUGACUAAAGAGGAAAUGAUGAUUUUCAUUGAAGCAUCUUCAGAAAAUCCUUGUAGUCUUUACUCUUCUGUCUGUUACAGCCCCCAAGCAGAAAAAGUUUACAAGCUAUGUAGCCCACCAGCUGAUUUGCAUAAGGUUGGGACAGUUGUAACUCCUGAUAAUGAUAUCUACAUAGCAGGGGGUCAGGUUCCUCUGAAAAACACAAAAACAAAUCACAGUAAAACCAGCAAACUUCAGACUGCCUUCAGAACUGUGAAUUGCUUUUACUGGUUUGAUGCACAGCAAAAUACCUGGUUUCCAAAGACUCCAAUGCUUUUUGUUCGCAUAAAGCCAUCUUUGGUUUGCUGUGAAGGCUAUAUCUAUGCAAUUGGAGGAGAUAGCGUAGGUGGAGAACUUAAUCGGAGGACCGUAGAAAGAUACGACACUGAGAAAGAUGAGUGGACAAUGGUAAGCCCUUUACCUUGUGCUUGGCAAUGGAGUGCAGCAGUUGUGGUUCAUGACUGCAUUUACGUGAUGACACUGAACCUCAUGUACUGUUAUUUUCCAAGGUCUGACUCAUGGGUAGAAAUGGCCAUGAGACAGACUAGUAGGUCCUUUGCUUCAGCUGCAGCCUUUGGUGAUAAAAUUUUCUAUAUUGGAGGGUUGCAUAUUGCUACCAAUUCUGGCAUAAGACUCCCCUCUGGCACUGUAGAUGGGUCUUCAGUAACUGUGGAAAUUUAUGAUGUGAAUAAAAAUGAGUGGAAAAUGGCAGCCAACAUCCCUGCUAAGAGGUACUCUGACCCCUGUGUUAGAGCUGUUGUGAUCUCAAAUUCUCUCUGUGUGUUUAUGCGAGAAACCCACUUAAAUGAGCGAGCUAAAUAUGUCACCUACCAAUAUGACCUGGAACUUGACCGGUGGUCUCUGCGGCAGCAUAUAUCUGAACGUGUACUGUGGGACUUAGGGAGAGAUUUUCGAUGCACUGUGGGGAAACUCUAUCCAUCCUGCCUUGAAGAGUCUCCGUGGAAACCACCAACUUAUCUUUUUUCAACAGAUGGUACAGAAGAGUUUGAACUGGAUGGAGAAAUGGUUGCACUACCACCUGUAUAGUUCAGAAGUUCAGGGAGUGCACGCCUGAGUUAUGUGCUUUUGUCAUUUUCUUUGCUAAACAAAAGAGGCUAUGAAAUAACUAAAUAUGAGUACAUAAAAAUCUAUCUUUGAUAAAUUUUAUUUUUAUGCCCUUCUUAAUAUUUGCAUCAGUAUAAUAUAUAUCGGUGAGUCUUACAGAAAGAUAUGCUUCCAUAAUAUGAAAUAGAUUAUUCAAUAAUUGAGAAACUUUAUGUGUAAUCAUGAGAGUAUAAGAAUCUGGAUUAUCUAACAUUGUUAGCCCUGUGUAUGUACAGUUCAAAAAGUUCACUUAUAAAAGUAGUUUCCUGUUCCUAGUGUGGUAUAUCACAAAUUGUGCAGAGGUUAUUUUAGUAUGUGUAUUUCAUUCCCGUGCUUACAGUUUUCAGUGUAAUUAAUUCAACUGCACUUAACACUAAUGUCCAUGUUGGUAUAGAAAUGUCUAAAUCCUAUACUGUAGUUGAGGAAGAUCUUCCAUUGUUUUAUGGUAUUACACAGGGAAAGCCAUGACUGCAGGAUCAGUCUAUACUAUUAGGUGCAUGUAUUCUUUUCACUAACUUAUACUUGUCUAUCUACAAUACAGGUCUUCCAGUCAGCUGGUCAUUUACCAGGUGUGGACUUAAUAUUGCUGGGCUUGCAAUAAGAAUUGCCAGCCCUUCAUCGUGCGGGUCUGCGUGGAGCUUUACUCAGUAAAGGCCUCCACUUUCUGUAUUACGUUAACAUUGGCUCAUGCAUAUAACUACCUGCUGCUGAUGUAGUUCUCCAUCUUCAAGAUUUAGAGUGGGUUAACCAGGUCAUUACAUCUUAAUUUAAUAACAAGCAUUACUGUAGAGUGAUUGUGUAUAGAUCUGUUAGCUGUUCAGGGUGUGUUUUUUUUAACCUGUUGUGUGCGUGUGGGAGUUAGGAUUAGUAAGGUGAACUGUUCAGGAAUUCUCUGCACUAACUGUGCAGAAGAGCAGAUAACUAGCGCUGCUCUGGCAUUAAUCCCAGGAACCACUAGCAGUAGUGGGGCGCCACCAAUCUAACAUGAGCACAGGUGCUUCAUGACAAACAUUACUAGCAUGUUCAACUGCAUCAUGUUUUGGCACUGUAUUUUGAAUGACAUUAAUUUAUUAAAUAAAUUGUAUAUAUUCAA